CAGCUGAGCGCCGUGAGCGUUCACUAAUUUCACUAUCGGCUUUUUAGAAAAUUCGGAAAACGAUGUAAUAUAUGUUUAUUCCUGAAAAAAAGCUGUUUCAUAGCAUUCCAGCUAUAUACCGUGCUUCCUAUUUAAUGAACAGUGGGUAAAAUGGCGUUAUGUAGGUUAAUUUUAGUUUUAAACUUGUCUCUCUUGUGCCCUCAGUUUAUAAAUUGCGCUCUCGUAGAUGCUUGUAGUUUUAACGUGAAAGUGAAGCAGAUACUUCGCAACGAGGGAUUUCACAGGAACAUAACCUACGGUAUAGUGUUCAACGCUGAUGAUGAGAGGGAGCGGUGGUUGUACCGAGACUGCAUCCUAGCACUGGAGCAGAUGCUGCCGAGGGGAUUGUUUGCCAAUCCAGAUGAGCUCAGCGACUUGAGGAGGAGUCAGAGGUUAAAUGCCAUACCAAAGAACAAGGUUAACAUAGAGAUGCCUGCAGAAGACUCGGAGACCAGCAGUGUUUAUGUUAUUGGAAAGGUCACUGCUAGCAAGGUGUAUCUAUGGCUGCCUAUACACGCUAGAUAUCAUCGCUCCAUGGCUGGCGGAGGCAUGGUGCGAAACGAGAUCCCCCAGCCAGUGCUAUACCUGCGCUGUCCUGAUCAGCGACUGGCCGCGUGCGACCAGCACGUGUCCCCAGCCGUCACGUUCCUUUGCAACGGCAGCUCGCGGGAGAAAUGCAGUUGGAAGGAGAUACCUUACACCAUGAUGACAGCUACCCCGGUAUGGGAGAUCCCUGUGGGCAACAUGGAUCACUACUACAUAGUGGCUCUCUGCACCGCCUCAGUCAUCGUAGCAGGCUCCUUCUACUUACUGAAGGCCAUACACGAGUAUAAAACGGCCGAUAAGAAAAAGAAACAGUAUUGAAAAUAUCCAAUCUUGUAUUUUAUAGAAUAGAAUAGAUAUUAAGCCGUCCCGCUCAAGGUUGCAGACUCCUAGGGACGGCUCCAUCGAUUUUCUCUGGGUUGCAUCUGGAACUACGAGGCUGCGUAAAUGUACCGCUAUUUUGUUGCGUAGCUGCCUUAUUUUUCGCGCCCAUUUCUUAUUACAUAUAUAUGGUCACGAGCAUUAAUAUGUAUACACUUUGGUACCAUGUCACAUUAACUUUUUUUGAUAAAUUGAACUGUAAGUCUCACUAAAUGUCAAAUAUGUUAGUGCGACAAAGUCCUAAAGUGGGUACAUUAUAUUGCUCAUGAGCAUGACUGUACAUACAUAAGAAGCCGUGGUAGCCCAGUUGGUAGAACGCUUGCCUCUCACUUUGAGAACGCAGGUUCGAAUCCAGCACAAGCCUAAACCAAUGAUUGUCGAAUUUGUUUUCGAAUUCAUGUUUGGAUCAUAAAUGAUUAUCACGUGCUCAGCGGUGAAGGAAAACACCGUGAGAACCCACAUUCCCCAAAAUGCAUUAACCUAAUAUUAGGCUGGUUUUCCCUUCGCGGGUUGGAAGGUCAGACAGGCAGUCGCUUCUGUAUAAAACCGGACCUGUCAAAUCUUCAGGUUAGGUAAGCGGAACCCUUGAAAACAGAAUAACGCUAGAGAGAUAAUUAUUUUUUUAAAGUGCCUUUUAUCGUUUCAUUUCUUUGGCAUGUAAGUACGCCACCAUACCACUACUUACUAAGUAUUGUAGUACUAGGGGAAGAAAAUUUUGCCCGUAGCACAGUCAGAAAGUCAGAAGCAAAUAGUUAGAAUAGAAUAGAAUAGAAAUAGUUUAUUAUGAAAGGACGCCACACACAAAAAGAAAGACAACAAUAUCAUAUCUUAUUUCCACUAAAACAAUUACAAAAAAGCAAGAAGGAUGUUAGUCGAAAUGAUCAUAAGGUGGUGGUGGACGUCCUGAGAUAAAAGGGCCUCACUCAGCACAAGUCGCGGCGCGAACCACGACGCUGAUAUUAUGUGGACCCUAUUGGGUGACGCACGAACAUCGCGUUCCAUAAACAUGUGUUAAUGGUGUAAAUACCUUAUAAUAUAAUACCAAAUUAGUUAGUGACAGUCGCGGUAUACAUAUAGUUAGGAACAUCCAGAAUGUUCAAUAAUUACGGACGAUCAAGGUGGACGUAUAGAUAGUAACACUCUAAGUGACCAACAGCUUCCGUGGUCUAGUGAUUAGAGCGUUAUGCUCACGAUCUGGAGGUCCGGGUUCGAUUCCCGAUGGGGACAUUGUCGAAAUCACUUUGUGAGACUGUCCUUUGUUUGGUAAGGACUUUUCAGGCUUGAAUCACCUGAUUGUCCGUAAAAGCAAGAUGAUUCCGUGCUUCGGAGAGCACGUUAAGCCAUUGGUCCCGGCUAUUAGCCGUUAAAACACCUCCACCAACCCGCAUUGGAGCAGCGUGGUGGAGUAUGCUCCAUACCCCCUCCGGUUGAUUGAGGGGAGGCCUGUGCCCAGCAGUGGGACGUAUACAUAUAGGCUGUUUAUGUAAACAGAAUGUAGUAAUUCUUUUUUGAUUAUUAAAAAAAAAAUUGUUUAUUCGAAAGUCAACGAAAAAAUAGGAGAAAUAAAUACAUACAGUUUGAUAAAAAAUAUGCAAGGCUAUUAAAGCAAUUAAACAGAGGACAGAUCAGCGUUGAACACUUUUUGAAAAAAACUAUAUACCUGCAGCUCCUUCUUUAGAAUGCCAUUACGACGCUUACACUGUCAAAUAGAAAAAAAAAGUUCAAUUAGGUCGUCGUAAAUAUGACAACACUUACUACGCCAAUGGUAUCUAAGCAGUCAAGAUGUAGGUACAAAAAUAUGUGGACGAUUAGACUGUUGCCAACUUUUUUUGGUGACUUUGAGUGUUAGUAUCUAUACGGCCACCUUGAACGUCCCUAAUUAUUGGUCGUUCUGAAUGUUGCUAAAUAUAUAUGUACACUUUGACUGUCACUAAAUAUUUACUUCUGACUGUACUACUGGUAGUACCCAGUGGUGGUUUUUUACACUGGUAGUACCCAGUGGUGGUUUUUUAGUAGUAGUUUUAAACGACCAUACCAUACCUACUUAAAAUACUUGCCCGUAAAAUUACAUAUUUUUUCUCGUAUUUCAUAGAUUUCUGAUAACCCUUACUGUUUUAACCGACUUCACAAAAAGAAAGUUAUCAAGGCAGUAGACUAGUUUUCAAAGUAGCAUAGAAAUGCUGCACCGACAAGAGCGUGGCUCUUAAAUUGAUGAUGAUGAGUCUAGUUUUUAGUCUCUAUUAAAACUUUUGAAGUUCAUGAAGUACUUAUUAAUGUAUUAAAUACAGUUAGCGAAGGAUUGUCAUGGAUGCUUAUAAGAUUGGCGAGAACAACGAAAGAAGUUAAAGGUGUAUAAUAAAACGCAAUUUUUGCAUUUAUUAGUUUUAAGUAGGUUAGAAAUGGCGCCAAUAUAGUUUUAUUUUUUAAUUAAUUACCUAACUGUCAAAAUUGACGUUUGACGAAAAAAUGCACAUAACACAUUAAAAAAACAAUAUAUUUUUCCGUCGCUUGCUAUCACUUCGACAAACUAUAAACGCGUGGCUUAAAAAAAUAUUUCCUUAAAUAAUGAAGCUCUGCCAUUAACUGUCAUAGUAAAAACAAAAAAAUGAAGUAAUCCAUAUUCAAAUCUGUAUAUUAUCUUCUAUAGCCAUACAAAAUACCGCCAAACGUCAAUUUUUAUUUUAAAUGUUGAACUUCUAGUGCUAGUCUUAAAGGGUUUAUUUUUAAUAAUUGUUAUGUUGCCUAUUUUUAAACAAUGAACAAAGAGGUAUAUAUUAUUUUAUUAAGUUCGUCGUGAUUAUAAAUAAAGUUUUAUACAAAAAUA